UGUGCGGUCCCCGGUUUCCGUUCCCCGCUCCGCCGUGCGCGAGCCCCGCCGGUCAUUUGCAUGCGAUUUGCGUGCGGAGGGGCGCGGAGCGGCGGCGCGGAGCCAUGUCGGCGGCGCCGCGGGGCGGCGGCGGGGCCCCGCGGGGCAGGGCCGGCGAGAAGCAGUGCUCAUGGGCUUCCUACAUGACCAACUCGCCGACGCUGAUCGUGAUGAUCGGGCUGCCUGCCAGGGGCAAGACCUACAUGUCCAAAAAGCUCACCCGCUACCUCAACUGGAUCGGGGUGCCCACCAAAGUGUUUAAUUUAGGGGUGUAUCGGCGGGAAGCGGUGAAGUCCUACAAGUCCUACGACUUCUUCAGGCAUGACAACAAAGAGGCCAUGGAAAUCCGCAAACGCUGUGCCCUGGUGGCUCUGGAAGAUGUGAAGUCUUAUCUCUUGGAGGAGUGUGGGCAAAUAGCUGUGUUUGAUGCGACCAACACGACUCGGGAGCGCCGGGACCUGAUCUUAGACUUUGCUAAGGAAAAUGCUUUCAAGGUGUUUUUCGUGGAGUCGGUCUGUGAUGAUCCAGAGGUCAUCGCUGCCAAUAUCCUGGAGGUGAAAGUUUCCAGCCCUGACUACCCAGAAAGGCACAGGGAGAAUGUGAUGGAGGAUUUCCUGAAGAGGAUUGAGUGCUACAAGGUCACCUACCAGCCUCUGGACCCGGAUGCUUAUGACAAAGAUCUUUCCUUCAUUAAAGUGAUCAACGUGGGCCAGCGGUUCCUGGUGAACCGGGUGCAGGACUACAUCCAGAGUAAAAUUGUCUAUUACCUGAUGAACAUCCACGUCCAGCCCCGCACCAUCUACCUGUGCCGCCACGGCGAGAGCGAGCACAACCUCCUGGGCAGGAUUGGAGGUGACUCUGGGCUCUCACCCCGGGGCAAGCAGUUUUCCCAGGCUCUGAAGAAGUUCAUUGAGGAGCAGGAGAUCGUGGACCUGAAGGUGUGGACCAGCCAGCUGAAGAGGACAAUCCAGACAGCAGAGUGCCUGGGGGUGCUCUAUGAGCAGUGGAAGAUCCUCAAUGAGAUUGAUGCUGGGGUCUGUGAAGAAAUGACCUAUGCAGAAAUUGAGGCCAAGUAUCCAGAGGAGUUUGCCAUGAGGGAUCAGGAGAAAUAUCUUUAUCGUUAUCCUGGAGGGGAGUCCUACCAGGACUUGGUGCAGCGCCUGGAGCCAGUAAUUAUGGAGCUGGAAAGGCAAGGAAAUGUCCUGGUUAUCUCCCACCAGGCAGUUAUGAGGUGCCUCCUGGCUUAUUUUCUUGACAAGAGUGCAGAUGAGCUGCCCUACCUGCGCUGCCCCCUCCACACCAUUUUCAAGCUGACACCUGUUGCCUAUGGCUGCAAAGUGGAGACAAUCACCAUGGAUGUGGAAGCAGUGGACACCCACAGGGACAAACCCUCCCUGAACUCUGUGAUUCCCUCUGUGUGGGAUCAGCACCACCUCCCCAGCGGGCAGAGCCCUGUGAGGAUGAGGAGGAACAGCUUUACCCCGCGGGCCGGCGCCGACACCGCAAAGCGCCCGCGGCACCACAGCCUGGGCAGCAAACCCCUCCACCUGCCGGGGCCUCUCCCCACCCUGGAAGCUCGAGGGCCUUUCCCAUCCCUGGAAGCUCGAGAAGGGGCUGAGCAGCCACAGCUGGAAGUCACUGUCCAGAAAAUGGCCACUUCAGGAGUGUAGGAGUUCCUGCUUUCCCCUUGGAUCCAGCUGGGAAUUCCAGCACCAGGAGGAGCACCAGGACUGGAGCAUCCCUGGGGCACCACCAGCCCCCCUGGCCAGUACUUGCCUUGAACUGUGAUUUUAGAGCCUGUCUGUGUCUUUUUCUUCCCAAAUGCUGCAGUGUCUGUCCAUGGGGCUGCAGAGGAUUUCCUGUGGAGAUUUUUCCAAGCUGCUUUUAAUGUUCCUAAGCCAACACAUCCCCGGGUGUUGAAAUCGUGUCCCACGCCUUUCCUCCUGGCCAGGUGCCAAAAUUAACCACAGUGGGAGGACAAAGUAAUCAUGUUUUCACUCGCUGAGGCAGCUUUUCUUUGGAAAAGGCAUUUCCAGGCCAAAUCCCCCAGGGUUUAUUUCUCCAUUUCUGAGUUAUUUCUGAGUUCAAACCCAAUUUUUUUUCUGGUUUUCAGCCAUCCAGGGAGCUCCAGGGAGGGUUUGACUUUCCCUCCUUGAGUGCUGGUGAAUCCCCCAGUCUGAGCCAGUUUGGCUUGGUGUGACACCCAGGUCAGCACAUCCAUCCCACGGCUGCCUCCUGUGAGGGGCAGAUGGGAAUGAGCCCUCCUGCCCCAGUGCUCUAAAUCCCACCUCAAGCCCUAUUUUAGCUUCUCCUCCCGACUUCAACUCCAUCCCCUCCCUCAUUUUUCCUGCAUUUUGGGGCUGUUUUAUCCAUUUACCCCAGAAAAUGGGAGCGUGGCUGGGACCAGCAGGGCUCCUGGGCAGGGUUUGCAGGAAGCACAAGGUUUUUUACCAGUUUUCUUUGUUUUACCCCAAAUUUUAGGCCCACAACAAGCUUUUAACUUGCCUAUGAAUAAGCUGUGAAUGUUCCCAAUGCUGCCUUUCAUAGUUUUAAGCUGUUGUAGAGUUUGGAGCACAGCUCUGUGUGGCCAUGUCUUAACUUAAAUCCUUCUCUUAAAUCCCCACCAAACCCCAAAUUUUCACUUCUCUCCCACAAGUCUUGACUUGCAUUUUGCCAAACUCCAUUUUAGCCCACUCCAGCUCUUCUUGCAAUAAGGGCAGGACCCUCAGGUCGGGUGAAGAAAGGAACAUUUGGGUCCAGAGCAGGAGGCUGUUCUGGACCUGCUGUUCUCAGGUGACUCCAGGAUUUAUCUGAGCAAUUCUGGGCCCCAGAAAUUGUUUGUUUUAAAUGUGUAAGUAAAUGUUGGACAUACCCACAGCAGGGAAAAUGUGCCCUGGCUGUGGAGGAGCUCAGCAACCCCAGAGCUUGAGGCUUAACCUGGGCAUUUUGAGCAUAAACUUGGUUGUUUUAAACACUCCCAGAGUUGGAAUUUGAUAAAACUGAGAUAGAGAGGACCAAGGCACAAAUCUGGACCCCUCAGGAUUUCUGAGGAGCAGAACAAUGUGUUGAUCUGAAGCAGUUGUGCCACAGAGGGGUGAAAUUUGCUGGUGAGAAAUUGAGUUUUUAUUAGUUUUUCUCCUCAGGGUUUUCCCCCUCAGGUCUGGUUUUGGGUUUUAAAUGUUUUUGUGCUUAGAAAUAAACCAGAAAAAAAAAAAAAAAAAGAAAUGUUGAAGGAAGAUAUUUAGAGGCUGUCCAUGGCAGCCCUGACUGUCACACUCCAGAGUGCUCUGAACGCACAAACCCAUCCUUGUCAGGCUGGCUGCUCUGACCAAACCCUCCUGCUCUGGAAAAAGGAGUGGAAAAUGUACUGUAGGAUGUUUACACACAAAAAUGCUGGGCUAACUUGCUGAAGAGUUCAUGGUGUUCAUAUCACUGAGCAGUAAAUGAUUGUAAGGAGACAAAAAAAAAAAAAAAUCUAUAUUUUUACCUGCUGGGAUUUGUGGAUGUUGAUGUGUUGUUGGUGGUCGUGACUUUUGUUUUUUAAUCACUGCUGAAAAUCUGGUGGUUUGCAGUUUGGGUCAGUGGCUCCUUUUGGGGCUGUGGGGUGGAAUUUCAUCCUCCUCUGCAGUGUUUGUGCCUCAGUGCUUUAAUCAAAAGCUUUUUCCUCCUGCAGUUUAGCCUUGAGAAGGUUUAAAGCAAACACGUCUGGAGCAGCUCAUUGCCCUGAGGGGCUGCAGGGCUGGGGUGAUGCCAGUGGGCAUCUCCUGGCAGCUCCCUGUGCCAGGGAUUUCCUUGAAACCACCUGAUUUCCUUGGCACUGGGUGUGCAAACACCCCAGAGCAAACAGGCCUGGCAGGAGGAGGUGUCUGAGGAGUUUUUGGUGGAGCAGCUCAGCAGCAGCUCGUGCUGUCAGUGGGGUCAGUGCCGGGGGCUGGCCAGGUGCAGGUGGGUUUGGAGGUGGAUUUGGAGGUGUGCAUGUGAGCCUGGCACCUUCCUGAGCAUUUCCCCAGGACUGGGGGGGGUUUGUGACCCCCUGACUUUCUGUGCCUCUGUUUAAGCAGCACAGGUGGUGCUGGCUGCUGUCACCUCCUGCCUGCCCCUGAGUGUCACUGCAGAGGAAAAGAAAAGGAGCACUUGGGCUAAAAAACUGCUCAGUCUCUGGGAAAAACUGCAAAAUGUGGGAAAAGAGUUCAAGCCAGCCUGGCUGGCUGAUCUGUGUGCGCUGGCUGUGACCUCAGAGCUGUCACCUCUGCCAGGUGUCCCCUUCCCGGCAGCUCAGGUGGGUGACACUUAAACCCAGCCUGGCCUGGCUGCCAAGGAGCACCUGAGGGAGGAGAGGCACCAGCAGCAGCCUGGCCAGGGCCACCUGCCCUGGGGGUGUCCCCAAGGCUCACGCUGUGCCCCUCUGAGGGGCUCUGGGUGAGCAGUGCCAGUGCCACCCCUGCUGUCCCCUGCUGUCCCCCUGCUCUGUUUGCACUGCAGCUCUGCCUGGAGUGUUUGGUGAGAGGGAUCUCACCCAGCUGCUCGUAAACUUUCCUGUUCUGCUGCCUUCUAAGUGGUUUUUUUUUAGGUUUAAAAGCUGCAGUGUCUGUCAGCUCGUGCUGUGUGUUGUGUGCUCUGUGCACUUGAGCAUAAAGAUCUGUCAGUGUUUAUUUACAAUAAAGAGACUUUAAAAAGCA